AUGGUUAUUUGGAAGUUCUGCACUGUUACUUACUUGCCUUUUCGUAAUUAUUUCAUUUUGUAUGAUUAUUAUCUCUUUCACUUGUCUAAUGUUGAUGACAAACGAGAAGAAGCAGCUAUAGGAAGGCUUGAGGAAUUGCCUCCUAACAUUGUGAUGACUAAAAGUCAUCCUCUUAAUGUGAGAACGGUAAAUAUCAGUUCUCCUAUUCUUGCUGCCAAAAGUGGUUUCUUUCUUAAGUUGUUCUCGAAUGGCACGGAAGAGCAACGGUAUGUAAUUGUACAAAUUCAUGAGUCGGAAGAAGCCGCUCUGAUGGACCUGUUGAAGUUUAUAUAUUGCAAUAGUUUAUCAAGUAAAACACCAAGUGGUCUUGUUGAUGUGCUGAUGGCGGCUGAUAAGUUUGAGGUGUCGUCUUGCAUGAGAUACUGCAGCAAUGAACUGCAGAAUCAACACAUGACAAUUGAAACAGCAUUGCGCUAUUUGGAUCUUCCUUCCAAAGUAUUAAAUGUUGAUGCAAUUCAGCCAUUAGCAGAUGCGGCCAAUCUGUUUAUUAUCCUCCGUUUCAGGGACAUAAACAAGUUCGAAAAAGAGGCAUUGAGUUUGCCUCUUUCGGGAAUUAAGGUUGUUCUGUCCAGUGAUCUUCUUGAGAUUGCAUCAGAGGAUGCUGUCUAUGACUUUGCGUUGAAGUGGGCUCCUAUGCAUUACCCAAAGUUUGAGGAUCGACGAGAAGUAUGGACUACACAUCUUUGUUUCCUCAUCCGAUUUCCAGCCAUGACAUGCACGAAGCUGAAGAAAAUCAUGACGUGCAAUGACUUCAGUCGUGAGCUUGCUUCAAAGUUUGUGUUCGAGGCUCUUUUUUACAAGGCCGAAGAACCUUAUCAGCAACGUGCAAUUGCUGCCAAGUUGGGGAAUCGUUAUGUGGAGCGGGCAUACAAACUCAGACCUGUUAAAGCUCUCGAGUUCGAAGCACCUCAUCAGCAUUCUGUUGUUUACCUGGAUUUGAAAAGAGAUGAGUGUGCUAUCCUCUUUCCUGCAGGCAAACUCUAUUCACAGGGUUUCCAUUUUGGUGGACAAGAGCUUUUCCUUUCCGCGCAUUGCAACAUAGACCAACAAGGUUUUCAGCAUUGCUUGGGGUUGUUCCUGGGUAUGCAAGGGGAGGAGUCUGAUCCACUUGCAGUUGAUUACGAGUUUUCAGUGCGUCUUAGACCAGACAACGAAUUUGUGAACAUGUAUAAGGGAAGCCAUACCCUUAAUAGUGGCAUCGUUGUGGGAUGCCGGAACCUUUGUGAUAUAGGUUGGACCCCUUUUCUGAAUGCAGAUGGUUUGUAUUUCAUCAACGGAGUUCUGCAUAUUCGUGCUGAGAUUACUGUGGUCAGGGAAUGAA